AUUUCGCACUGCCAUCUUCCCUAUAUAAUCCAUCGAUAUACAGACGGCAGCACGAGCAAAGCAAACUGAAGGGACGAACGAAAUGGCCUCCAUGAAGCUGCUCACCCUCGCCUGCAUCCUCCUCCUCCUCUCCGGGCUCGUCGUGUUCGGCACGGCGGCGCCGGCGCCGGAGCCGUGCCCGGUGGUGUGCAUCCAGGGCGGGUACAUCACCUGCGACAACUACCCCUACCAGAAGCUGGACGGCUGCGUAUGCGAGUGCGCGCCCAAGGAUGGCGUCAACUGCGUGCUCCACCUCCUGGCCACGGGCGACGCUUUCAACUGCUCCGCGGCGAAGGCGUAGGCUUCUCGGCUGGAGCCUCGCGAGCACACCCUUGCUGCUCGUGGCCUCUACGUGGCGUUUGUGAUUGUCUGAAUAAUAGUGUGCCUGAAUGUUGUCAGCGAAGUAUGUUUGGUUAACAAAAUGGUAAUAAUGAAGUACUCCUUAGCACGUGUGAUCGAUA